AUGUCGGCCACUCCGAUUUACGAUAUAGCCCGUCGUGACGUGAUAGAAUAUACUACCCAAGUGAAAAACACACAAGGUGUAUUUUCAAUGAUUCACGAAUCAUUCGAAUUUCAUUUUGGCACGUAUCAAGGUAUUAGUGAUAGUGAUCUUCAAACAAUUGCACGUCGGCUCAACGAUAAAGAUUUGGAAGAACUUCUGCUACAAACAGUAUUAGCCGGUGAUGGAGCUGCAAAAUAUAAAGACCAUAGCGUAGCAGGUGAAAUUGGAUUUAGAAAAGUAUUUGUAGCAUUCAAAAAAAUAAACGGCAAAUAUGAUAUUGUUUAUUGUAAAGCAACACAAAUAAGACGAGCUGAUUGGGGAAAAAUUGGCGCUACUAUUGGUCUCACAAGUUUCCUUGGAGGACUAGUUGGUGUAGGACUUACUUUUGUUCCAAUUGUAAACGUAGCAGCUGCACCAUUAAUACUAGGAGGGGCCGCUGCUGGUGGAGCUGCUGGAGCUGCUGCUGCUGGUACAGCGGCUGUUACACAAAAACGGGACAUUUCAAAUGUUGUUAUGGGUUACAUAGGAAAAGAACUAUCAGAUAGAAAUCUCUUACGAUUAGUUUGA